UGGGAAGUCUGCUCUUGCUGACGCUGGGCGCGAAACGUUUUGAUACAUCGAACCAUUUCUCUCGCUGGGUCACUGAAACGUGGGCCCAUUGAACCAGUGACCUGCGACCUCGCGCCGUCCAGUUGCUGAACAAUGCCACCCGCCAUGAGGAAGACGAGAGCCGCCGCGGCAGCGCCCGCAGCCGCCUCCAAGCCUAGGGCUCGCGCGAGGGCCAAGCCCAAGGCGAAGCCCAGCCCAGUCUCCCUCUCCGGCGCCUCGUCGCCGUCCGGCUCCGGCAGCGGCGCGUCCGCGUCUCCCGUCUGCCGCGGGAAGCUGCCAUCCUCCCCGGCGACGCCCAAGACGAGGUCGCCCCUCCCCGCGGCGUCCCCCUUCGCCGGGGCCACCCCCGCCUCCAUGUCCACCGUCGCCGACCUCAGGAGCCUCGCCGCGUCCAGCCUCGACUCCCUCAAGCGCCGCCUCGACGCGCUCCACGGCGACUCCGUCCGCGACCUUGAGGCCUCCCACUCCCGCAUCUCCAAGCGCUUCAAGAUGCAGACGCAGAGCUCUAUGCAGCUGGCGGAGGAGGCGGAGAAGGAGCUUAAGAAGAUGGUCGACAAGAUCUCAGAGCGCGCGGAGGAGAUGAAGGCAUCCUACAAGAAGUUCGUCGCAGAGGUGCAGUCGUCUACGUCUCGUGGUACUGCAGAGCGCAGAGACAUCUCUCUGAGUUCUGUUUUCAUGUGCAAGGUGACCAUCCCUGAGAUGGCAAAGUCCGCCGAGAGAGCUAUUGAUGGCUUGCGCAGCCGCUACAACAUCCCUGCUACCGCCGCUUAGCUUGCAGUUCAUGGUUUAUCUGUCACUGUAUGCCACUGAGUGCCCCUUCUCCACAUCAACCUGGCCGCUGGAUCCGUGGGACUCAUGGCAGAAGAAACUCGCAUAUUUGUAGAUAGCAACUUACGCGUACAUCCUACAUUCUCUUCCCUAGCUAUGUCAAAACAUCGACAUUUUCUCCAAUGCCCACGACUCCUUACUGUUCAAUUGCAUUUCAUGUGCGCUCAGUGUGUUACUAACGUCGGUGUUGAAUAUGUUCGGAUCACAGCAUUUCAGAGCUGACAUAAUACAGUUUUCCAGUGUAGUAAUAACCUUUGCUGGCUGAAAUCCAAGCGUUGUCUACUCUUUUUUCAAGAAGUAAUUUGCAUGCUAGUUGAA